AUGUCUUCAGAGAGUAGGCCUAUCCGUAUUGAGGAGUUCAUACUCGCGCUAGAGGAUCUUACAAAUGAGAAUAUCGAAUCUGUGUUGCUGCAAUUGAGGAAUCUGAUAGGGAAGUUGAAAGAAACCAAUGCCUACUUGGCGGAGGAGAUCAAGGCAGACUCUGAUCCUGAUAGCAGGAGCCUAUAUGAGGAAACCAUAGCAGAGAACAAACAAGUUAUGGAAAGCCAGGAGGCCCGUGUGGCAGCCAUACAGAAAGAGCUACAACGAAGAGGAGCCCAGCGAGAACAACAAGAAGAUGGAAUCUACUUGUAA